AUGUCUUCUGCAACGUCUUUCCGCCAAUUGAUUGGAGUGCAGCCAUCAACAGCCAGCGUCGCCGACAGCACCCUCAUCAUCAUUGACGCUCAGAACGAAUAUGCCGAGGGCAAGCUGAAGUGCUCCAACACGGCCUCCUCUAGAAAGGUCAUCGCGUCGCUCCUGCAAAAGUACCGCCAGGGGAAUGGGAAGGUUGUCCACGUGGUUCACGACACACCAGACGGCGCACCUGUCUUUACGCCUGGCACCAAGCUGGCCGAAGAGUUUGAUGAGCUUGCGCCAAAGGAUGGAGAGAAGGUCAUCCACAAGAACCACCCUAGCUCGUUUGCAGGCACCGACCUGCACAAGCACCUAGGUGGUGGCAAGAUUGUGCUUACCGGGUACAUGGCGCACGUUUGCGUAUCAACGACGGCCAGACAGGGAGCGGAGUUGGGCUACGACGUGGUUUGUGUCGAGGAUGCGAUUGGUGACAGAUCGAUCCCAGGGGUCGAAGCUGAGGAGCUGACCAAGACUGCGCUGAAUGAGAUUGCCGAUGCAUUUGGCACCGUUGUCCAGAGCAGCGAGAUCAAGUAG